UCUUAAGAUCAGAUCUAGCUAGUUCAGGUUUCUCUCUCUGUCUUUAACUCUUCCAUUGAUUGAGUAUCAUCUGGUGUUGGCAUCGACUAUGGCCGCACUGGAUCUCUGGAACGUUGCACAUUCCAUCAGCGCACAGAUCCGUUCCCUCUUCUCCCAAGAGAUCCGCCUAGUACUCGGUGUGAAAGCUGAGCUCCAGAAACUUCGGACCGCUGUCUCGGCCAUCAUCACUAGUGGCUUGCUUCGUGAGUUUGAAGAUAGACGAUUUGAGGCUGAGUCCGUGAAGGAUUGGUUCGUGAAGCUAGGAGAUGCGCUUCACGAUGCUGAUCGCCUGCUGGAUGACAUCCGUACUGAAGUUUUCCGCCGGAGAGUGAUGGGAGGAGAUAAGCGGAUCCUCAAUGAGGUGCGUAUCUUCUUCUCCUCUUCUAACCAGCUCCUCUAUGCCAUUAAGAUGGCUCACCGAGUCAAGGAAGUCCGGGAGAGGAUUGAUGCUACUUGGCAUGAUAGGUUCCUCUUUCAGCUCGAGGGAAACAGUAAUCUUAUUGGGAGUUUGGUGGAGAACCGGGUCAUGCGAGAAACUUAUCCCUAUGAUCCACAACCAUAUGUGAUUGGAAGAGAUAAGGACAAGAAUGAAGUCAUCGAAUUCUUACUUACUGAUUUUGAUGAAAAUGUCACCGUCCUCCCAAUAGUGGGUAUUGGUGGCCUAGGGAAAACGACAUUGGCAAGACUCGUAUUCAACGAUAUGUGCGUGAAGCAGCACUUCGAAUUGAAGCUCUGGGUUUGUAUCUCAGCCAAUUUUGACGUGCAGAAUAUUCUGAGGAAGAUAUUACGAGAAUGCAUUGCUAGCGAGGAACUAAAUGCAAAUCUCGACAUGCAUGAAUUGCAGAAAAAGGUUGGAGAAAAGCUCGAUGGAAAGAAGUUUCUGCUUGUGUUAGAUGAUGCGUGGAAUGAGAAUCCGCGUGAGUGGUUGAAACUUCACGGACUUCUUCAAAAUGGCGCAAAAGGAAGUAAGAUAUUGGUGACCACACGUACUCCUCGAGUGGCCAGAACUAUGACGGAUGCAUUGCAUGAAUUAAGUGGCUUAUCCGAGGAGGAAUCACUGUCCCUGCUAAAGCGAAUUACAAGGAAGGAAGCACUUGAGUGGAGGAAUCAAAAUUUAGAAAUGGUCGCAAAAGAAAUCCUAAAGAAAUGUGCAGGUGUUCCCCUUGCGAUUAUGACGAUCGGGCGACUGCUAUUAUUCUCGAGAAAUGCCAAAGAAGAUUGGCCGAAAUUCAAGAAUAUUGAUCUAUGGAGAAUAAACCAAGAGGAAGGUGAUAUCAUGCCAUCACUUAAGAUGAGCUACGAUUUUCUGCCAUCACACUUGAAACAGUGCUUUGCUUAUUGCAGCGUGUUUCCAAAAGAUUAUGAGCUAGAACCACGUGAGCUCGUUCAUCUUUGGAUGGCACAGGGGUUUAUUAAACACCGAGGCAGCAGUAUGAACACCAUCGAAGAGGUUGGUUACAAUUAUUUUACGGAGCUGCUGUCAAGAUCCUUUUUCCAGGAUAUAGAAGAAGAUCUGUAUGGUAACAUCGUAAGAUGCAAAAUGCAUGUUUUGAUGCAUGAACUUGCACAGUUUGUGGCGGGAAAUGUUUGCAUCACCAUUGAUAGCUCAAAUGCAAUAAAGUUCCAAGGAGGGGUUCGUCAUGUAUCCAUAAUUGCUACGGAAGAUUAUGAGUGGAAUGGAUUCGAGAGAGACAGAACAGUAAGGUCCCUAUUUCUUAUUGCUGGAAAGAGGAUCAGCAUUGGUCAUUUGGAUUUUUCAUAUUUUAGAAAUCUGCGGGCACUGCGUCUUCAAGAUGUCGUCUGGGAUGUGACAUCCCAGUCAAUCGGUGAACUGAAGCAUUUGAGGAGCCUCGAUCUCUCGAAGAAUGAUAAGUUAAGUUAUCUUCCAAAUUCCGUAAGCAAUUUGUGCAACUUGGAGAGGCUCAAUCUCAGAGAGUGUCAUAGGCUUCAAGAAUUACCAAGGGGCAUUACAAGGUUAGUCAAUUUAAGGCAUCUUGAAGUGAGUGGAUGUUCGAGGUUAAUGCAUCUGCCUAGUGGGAUCGAGAAGUUGACUAGUUUGCAAACGUUAGAUAUGUUCGUGGUUGGAGAGAAACAGAACUCGCAUGCUGCCCGGUUCAAUGAGAUGAGCAGACUUACGCGAUUGAGGAAACAACUGACUAUUCAGCACUUGGAAAGAUUAGAAAGUAUUUCGGGAGAGGUUGAUGCUUUCUUCUCAAUGGAGAAGUUUGUUCUUCAAUGUUUGGAACUACAUUGGGACACGAACGUGGUUAUGGCCAAUGCAGGAGAGGUUUUAGAAAGACUUCGACCCCGUCGAAAUCUGGAAGGAUUGAAGAUAGCAGGUUAUGGUGGUCCUAGGCUUUCAUCCUGGAUUUCUCUGCUAGAUAAAUUAGUCCAGAUUGAGAUUAUUGAUUGUCAUCAAUGCAGUCAUCUACCACCUCUAGAUCAGCUCCCUUCCCUCAAAAGAAUCUACUUGUCUAGGUUGAGGGAUUUGGAGUUCAUCGAAUUAUCAGAGAAUAGUGGGACAUCGCAGUCUUUCUAUCCAUCCUUAGAAGAAAUAACGCUGUCAUCUUUACACGGAUUCAGAGGAUGGAAGAGGAGGGGCAAUAGAAUUGAAGAAGAAGAUGAUGAUGAUGAUGAUUCAUUAUUAAUACUCCACGCAUUCUCUGACAAGGUCAAGUUCUCCAUAGAAGAUUGCCCGAGAUUCUCAUACAGGCAUGGACAACAGCUACUACAACUGGGGGGAACCACGAGUAAAAUUUAACAGCAGUUGUGGGGGAUGUUGGCCAUGCUCCAGUUCCACUUUCCUUCCAAUUACCGAUGGCAAUGCCAACUCCAUCCGUGAUGACAAUCAACUUAAUAUCUCAUAUAUCUCUCUUGACACUCACCUCCAUCACCAUUGAAUCAGUGGGGGAUGCAAAGCACUUGCCGGUAGAAUUGUUUCAGUCCCUCCCAUCUCUCGAGUGUCUUGCAAUCAAGCGUUGCCCUUGCCUUAAAGAUCCCUCUGUGAGGACGAUUCUUCGAUGCCUAACUGCCCUGAAGAUGCUGGAAAUUUCUGACUGCAGAGCACUUGAUUUAUCUACCGAGAAUGGUGAUCAUAGCGACGACGAUGAUGAUGAAAACUUGCACGCUCGGCGGCUCAAUGGCCAUAGCAAACUCCAACAUAUUCACAUUCGAGGAAUUCACAAGAUGGAGUCUCUGGCCGGGUGGUUCCAGUACCUCUCCAACCUCCAAGGGUUACGGAUUUCGCUUUGUCUUUGGUUGAAGUCUCUACCCAGUAGAGUUAUUCUUCGGCUACUUAAGACCGUGAGGUCCUUGGAGCUUCGUUCCUGUCCAGAGUUUGACCUCACAGGGCAGGAGCAAGAAGAUCAAGAAGACAUGCCAAAUUGGCAAUCUUACGGACCAACUGAACUCUGAAAGUUGGUCUUUUUAGAUAUCAGGAAAAUGAAGACUGCCCUUGUGGAUUCAGCACCUCAAUAACCUUGAACAAUAAACACUGGCUACCUGCCGCGAUCUGAAUGCCUUGCCUUAUUGGUUUCCCUGGCUCACAUCGCUCAAGUACCUUAGAGUUGAAGAUUGCGGGGAGCUGUCAAGAAGGUUGAAAUCAAAUACCAGAGAGGACUGGCCUAAGAUUUUUCACAUCCAGCGUGUGUCUACAGAAUGAAGUGGAACCUCAAUAGCUCCAAUUCCAGAGGCCAGAGGAUAACAAAACCAGAUGAGUUGAGAACUGUCGGAUUGAUAAGCCUGUUAACUAAAUAAUCAUGAAAGAUGAGUGUCAGCCAAUCCAUUCCAGACCUCAAUUGCAGAUGAUAUGAAGGGCCUCCUCUGCUUCCUGCUUACAGAAUUUGCAUCAGGCUCUCAGAUAUGUUGUAUGUUGAUAAUCGAGGUUCAGCUUUUCCAAGCGUGGAUAGUGCAUUGAGGAAUUGAUUGAUUAUGAUGAUGCUUGUUCUUAUUCCAGUCCAGUUUCUUCAAUUGAACGCGGCUACUUUCUCUACACAGGAGCUCACAGAUUCAUCUUCCAAGUCGAGUUUCUGAAAGCGCAAGAGGUGCUGAUUUCUUGCAUGAAGUUCAGAGCUUCAGCCUGCAUGAAGAGCGGUGGAUGAGUUGUAUAUUAAUCAGUAUUUUCAGGCAGGUUUCAACAGAUUAAUCACAAGCAUUCUUAAGUUACCAGCUGAGAUACUUGAAAUUGCCAAGUGGAGAUGUUUUGAUCAGUCAUAUACAGGGCUCUACCACCUUUUUUCUCCUCGGUGAGUUUGAACAAUUUGGAGUGCAUAGAAUUAUCGGAGAGCGUAAAGAGUCAAACGCUGCAAUCUUUCCAUCCUUUGAAGUAACACUGAAGUUGAAGGUGACCGAUGGCAGUGCCAACUCCGUCGAUGCUGAUGAUCUCAAUAUUUUCUACUACUCAUCCGAUUCCAGACAGUUGUUGAAUGCUAGCUGGAGACAUUUUCUUGGCGAAAUAUUUUACUGUUUUGGUAAACUUAAUAUUGUAUUCUGGGGAUCUAUGGAUUCCUAGAAAGCAUCUUCUGGCUGAGGUUUCUGCAAUGUCCAUCCUCAAACUUGCAGUGCGAAUUCUGAGACACACGAUUACGAUGUGGAAUAUUUGAAACAGGCAAUUGUAGGAUA